AUGCAUCAGCGUGUUCAAGUCGCGGUUCGCGUGCGGCGUACCCCUUCAGAUACCGAGAAUUGUGUUUUCUUGGAUGAGGAAAAAGGUUUUGUAUCUGUUCGUGGAACUGAAGUCUACUCAGCCACCGAAGCGAGACGCUACCAUGAAGAUGUUUUGUUAGGCCAGGAGCUCUCGAAUAGGGCCAUUUUUGAGAGAUUACUGCUUCCCAAAUUGAGCUCCGCUACCAUUGAGCACCCGGAAACGCUAUGCUUUUUGGCUUAUGGCCAUACAAACAGUGGUAAGACCCACACCAUCGCUGGAGGCAAUGGUGAGACUGGCAUUUUGACGCUUUGCGUGGAAGAAUUAAUUCGAAAAAGUGGUAUCGUAGAGAUUUCGAUGGUGGAAGUGUACAUGGAGGAAGUGUAUGAUUUGCUAGCUGAUGGAAAGGUGCGACAAAUCCGGCGACAUUACGGGCCCCAGGGCACAACAAUUGUCGUGGAGAACCUUUUCACUCGUUCUAUCGUCUCUCUCGCGCAGUGGGAGGCGGUGACCAAAUAUGGAAUGCGCUCCAGGCGCACUGCGGCAACGGACCGCAACACACGUAGCAGUCGGAGUCACGCUGUUUUUACCAUUAAAAGUAAAGCCGUACGUGUUUGCUUCGUUGAUUUAGCUGGAAGCGAGCGGCAAACUCUCUUUUCUCCGAAGCUUAACAAGGAGAGCAUCAGCAUUAACAAAUCUCUGUCGCGCCUGAGUACAGUUCUUGAGGCUCUGAGCACGCAACGAGUCAGAGAAGAUAGUAGCCGAUCUUAUGUGAAUUUUAGAGAUACUAUGCUUACUGUGCUACUGCAGCGGUAUCUGUGCGGUGCAUCCCUCACAACCUUCCUGGCAUGUGUGCACCCCUCCCCUGAAUUUUUCCGUGAGACUCUCAGCACCCUACGUUACACGCAACGCCUCAAGAGGAUACAUACACUCGUCCCACAACCUGGUGGACCUGGCGACGUCAGCGCCAUAGCGCACAGCGAACACCAGGAGCUCAUAGAGGAGUUAGCGCGGUUGCAUCAGCAGGUCCGAGAAGAGAGGGACAACACGAAGCUUGCCGUUCAGGCUCACCUUCAUCGGAUCACUGUCUUAGAAGAGAAACUUAAACAACAGAGUCAUGCUAGUGCCGUUCUGUCAAGCAACAACUCAGUGCACCAGAACAUUGUGUCCGAUAACUUUAGCCGCGAUAAGGCUUUGAAGGCAAAGGAUACGAAACGGGUGGUGGGGUGGCUAGUUAGCCGUAUCUUAGGAAACUUACCACAGAUCAAUGUGGGCUACGAUGAAUACUUUGAUUCUUUUUUUCCUCCAAAGAUUCAAGUGAUUGGGUAUUUGUCCAUCAUGGCGUGCCUAGCACCUCGGGCAGCGGACGACAACUCGCUUGCGUUUCUGGAUGUGGGUGACCUUUCAAUGGGGCUGUCCAUGGUAGAUGCGAGCAUUCCACCGUUUGUUCGUUUGCAUCGCGUGCCUUGUAGGAAUUGUGCGGCAUGGGAUGGGCAAGAAUUCGAUGCACAAGGCCAUAUGCUUUACGUUCUUGCGUUCUUUGAGGUCAACGGGGAGGUGAUGAAGGUGAUCACAGAGAGGGACAACAAGCUGGAGUGCUGUGGAGGCUACUUGUCAUUGGAGUCGCUGUUGCCCAUAGCAAUAGUGUUGUGUGUAGCGACUUCUUCACCAUCGUAUGUGAAGGAAGCUGCGCUUCAGUGGCUUAUUGCGCUGCAGGGUGAGCAGGAGGCGGCGACAUGGCGCCGUGUAGGUAGUCGCAGCAGUGCCAGUGGUCGAGACACACCAUGCAAUGACAGCCUUUCGUGCCACUCAGAAAAUACGGACAAUGCCAGAGACAAGGCCAAUGCAUUCAACGUUGACAUCAUCAUGAGUCCUCAAUCCAAGGCCCAGGACACACAUGGUGAUGAAUAUUAUGACAGUAGUCUGUCGGGCAGUUUUUCAGAAAAGAUGCCAACUCAAGGAGAUAAUAUGUUGAGGCGAGCAAACACACUUCGAACCAAUUCAUCUUCCUCCUCUGCAUCAUCGAAGGCUCCCACUUUUGCGAAUGUGGAUGACUGUGGCAAUGCGACCAAGCCUGCGUUCAUCAUACCGGAUGAUGGUAUACCUAAUAAAGCUCAUGUUAUUGGUGCUUCGGAUCAAAGGGCGAUGAGUCAACAACCUUUGGGUGGCAAUAUAGCAAGUUUGUACAGUCUCAAUGUGCAAGCCAGCUCAACAGCAACAGUAAACGAGACGAACGUUCCUUCUAAAGAGGCUAAAACUGAUUUCACUAAGCAGCAAGCGACACCCUGGAGGACUUCCAACCCUGCUACUUAUUUGAAGGGUACUAAUAAAUCCCCCCAAAGGAUGCAUGAUGGUGUUUCUCGUGGCAGUAGAAAUGUUGUAAAAUUUGAAAACUGUCAUGGCUGUCAUGUGGCGUGA